CUUAUGUCUAUCCAGCAAAACUUUCCUACAAUUAAUUACCGGCACAUUAGUCCCAUUGUGGCUGCUUCUGCAGUGGCUGCUUCUGUGUGUUAUUUCUUAUUUUCAAAGAAUACUAGCCAUAAAGGCUUGAAUAAUAUCCCAUCACCAAAAAGAAACUAUCCAAUAUUUGGCCAUAUGUUUUCACUUGGUAAAGUACCUGCUGAACAAAUAGAUGAAUGGCAUAAGGAGCUAGGCCCAAUAAUCCAACUUCAAGUUGGAUCUCAAGUAUGGGUAGUCGUUAGCAACCCCCAUCUGGCUCAUGAAUUAUUUACCCUUCGCGGGAGUGUCACAUCUGCACGCCCUUCUCAUUUUUAUUUUAUGGAUAUUUACAGCCGAGGUGGAAAGGGCGUUGUUUUUGUAUCAGCUACAAAGAGCUGGAAAAUGGCGCGAGCUACAGCUAUGGGGCUUUUAAGUUUUGCGUCUGUGAAACGACUUUCUGGUGUAUUUCAGAAAGAGGCAGAUAUAAUGGUGGAUUAUAUGCUUAAAAGCACGAAGAAAGAUGGAAGUGUCGACUCGCUCAAGAACCUUCAGCUUGUCGCCUUUAAUGUAAUAAUGAGCACAUGCUUUGGCAAGAGGUACAAUUCGAUCGAAGAUCCCGAAGUGGUGUCCAUGUUUGCUUUCAUCAACCAGCACAAUAUCUAUGCGAGAAUAGAGGAUGAUCCCGGAUCAUUCUUUCCUUAUCUUUCUUGGAUAUUGAAUCUAUCAAACAAAAAGAGAAAGAUGGAUCAGUUUGUGCGAGCGAAUAGAGAUAAACUCUUUUACGAACUAAUCAAAGAAGCGCGCAAUGGAACCUCUGACUGCUUUGUAAAAAGCUUGUAUGAAACUGACGCAAAGCACAGUUUGAAUGAUCUUGAUAUCAUGAUAAUGAUGAGUGAUAUUGUUAUUGCCGGCUCAGAAACUACUGCAGUAGCUAUGUCAUGGUUGAUUGCAGUCACAUUAAACUAUCCAGAAAUACAAACCAAGAUUCAGGCUGAGAUAGAUGCAUUUACUUCAGAAUAUGGAAGACUUCCAGAGUUUUCAGAAGCUCAUAAGCUACCAUAUUUGUGUUCAACCCAAAAAGAAAGUUUGCGAUACCGCAGCAUAACUACAUUUGGUCUCCCUCAUGAAGCAAGUGAAGACAUUGACUUUAAGGGAUAUCAUAUACCUAAGGGUGCAAUGCUUAUCGUUAGUAUGAAGACUUUGCACAUGAAUUCCGACAAAUACAAGGAUCCCGAAAAGUUCAUUCCAGAGAGAUUUAUGGAUAAAUACACCACAAUAUCAUCUGCUGCUAAUGGUCCUAUAUUAGAACGAGAUCAAUACAACUUUGGAUGGGGAAGACGAAUCUGUCCAGGAAUUCAUCUGGCUGAAAUGGAAAUGUUUGAAGUAUUCAUACGUUUAUUUUCGAGCUGUGAUAUUUCCCCAGCUUUGGAUACCAAUGGUAAUCCAAUAAAGGUCGAUCUUGAAGGGUUUAGAGACUAUGGGCUUGUGGAUGCGCCUUUGCCAUACGGAUUCCGCAUCACUGAGCGAGCUGCUGAUUUGCUUUUCCAAGUUACUUGA